GGUGAAAUGACUUGUCGGUUUCACUGACGCCAUGUCGCGGCUGGCGGCCAUCACUUCCUUCGGAGACUUCGGGACUGAGGUCCAUGCAGAGGAUGUCUCUUCAUUGGGAGAUUUUCUGCCAAAAGUGAAGAUGACGGAUAUGACGGCACUUUCUGCUGGACUUCAUAGAUUUCACAGUGCCAGUGACUACGCUUCGUUCUUCCAAUGUGAUCGUUCACAUGGUCAUGGUCUCAAUGGUCUCAAUGGUCUCAAUGGUCUCAAUGGUCUCAAUGGUCUCAAUGGUCUCAAUGGUCUCAAUGGUCUCAAUGGUCCCGGUAGACACCUCACCGGCUUCACAGAUGCCACGGAGAACCCCACAGAGAAAAUCCUGCAAAUGAAUAGCAAAGUCAUCAACAUCACGGGUCGCCUGGGCGAAAAGCAACUGAAGGACGGGUGCGUUUGGACUCUCCUCCCGCCAUCCUCCCUGUUCCCGUCAUCAGCAGAAGAUGAUCAGUGUAAACAAAGUCGAGCUCAUGUGACUGUGAAAGAGUGUGUAAAAAUGGAGAAACCCAAAGGAGACCACGGUCUGCCACCGCUGCCGGAGGGUCAUUGGCGGGAUGGAGGAAAGGAAUGUCGUUACAUCCAGAUGCCUCUGGCUCUGAUCCUCUCGGAUCACGGGCGCUGUUUAUCGGCCGCCAGUUCUGCCAACUCCAUCUCCGAGGAAUGCUCCGUCUCCGACUGUGGAGAUGCCAAGGGCUGCAAUCAGUGUUGGCUCCUGCAGCGCGCCACCGAGAACAACGUCUUCACGGGGUGGAAGCUGAAAACGGCCUGUGGUUUGACCAAAAAAGGUGUGGAAAAUGGGCAGUUUUUGACGCAGGAUGCGGAUGGCACCUUGAAGUUCACGGAUGAAUAUGACACCCAGCAGGAUCGGCAAAUCUGGAAUUUGACGGAAGCCGAAACCAAACAGAUGGACCCAGAGGAGUUGAAUACCGAGAUUUUCAAGAAACCCUUCAUGCUGGAAACUUAA